AUGUUUUUCUCGUUAACAUUAUUAUACGCCAUUUGGUUGGUAUCAUUUGUUAUAAAUAAAAAAAUACCAUUUUACCAAAAUGUAAAAAAAAUAAAUUAUCAGUAUUAUAUAAAAAAUUAUGUACGGGGAAAUUUGUUUGAUGAUAAAAAUAAAAUAAAAAAAAAUAUAAUAAAAUAUAACAGGAAAGAAGAAAUUGAGAGUAAAAUUUAUGAUACACAUCCUAAUUGUCAUAAUAUUAAUAAUGUAUGUCAAAAUGAAAUUUAUAAAAAUCACAUAGAAAAGAUAUAUAACGAUCUAAAUAGUUUGAUUACAAAAAGUGAUAAAAUUAAUUAUAUUAUUAAUGUAGGAAAUAAAAAUUGUAAAGAUUAUUAUAUCCCCAUAAAUAAAAUAAAAUUUACUAAUAAACAUAUAUUUAAUCAUACAAAAAAACACAAAUUUUAUAUCAAUAAUCUUAGAGACAAUAUUAAAUAUGUGUAUAUAAAUAAAUGCAAUACAAAUGUUUAUUUGGGUGUGGAUAUAGAGCGGCGUUGUUUUGAAAAUGACGAAAUAGGAACAAGAUGUGAAGACAUAUCAGGCAGCACACCAAGCGGCAUAUGCAAACCUAAAGGUUGUGAAAUGUUAUUGCCUAAUGAAGGAGAAAGAGAAAAAAUUUUAGAAUUAUUAAAAAUGAACGAUAUUAGUGGAAUAGAAAAAAUAAUGAAAAAAGAAAAAUUUUUAAAAAAUGAAAAAAUAAAAUACUAUAUUACAAUUGAUGGGUGUAGUGAUAAUAUAGUAGUAAGCAGUUUUAUUUAUAUAUUAUUAAAAGGAAUAAAUAAAUUAGAUUUAGAUUUUUUUUUUAAUAUAAAUUUAAAAAAAAUAGCUAAUGAUUUAAAAAAUAUGUUUGAAAUAUAUGUCAAUACAGAGCAUAUUGUAAAUCAUAUAUACAAACAAAUUUGUAAAUUUUUUUUAAAAAUAAAUAAGACAGAAAAUUUGAAAAAAGAAGAAAAUACAAAUGUGAAUAAAACUGUUAAUUAUAAUCUUACUAUGGACAAAAUAAAAAAAAAAAAUAAUAUAUUAUCAAAAUUUGAUAUAAAUAAUAAUAAAAAAAAAAUAAAUUUUACUAAAAAUAUGAAAAUAUAUUGCUAUCCAAAAGUAGCACAUAUGCUUAGUGGUGGUGUAGAUUCACUAAUGGCUUUAAUUUUGUUAGAAAAAAAAAAAUUUUACAUUGAUAACUUUUAUUUUAAUUUUACACAUUAUAAUUGUAGUAAAAAUGAUUUAAAAUAUGUAAAAAAUAUAUGUAAAAAUCGAAAUAAUUUACACAUUAUUAACAUAAAUAAUGAAUAUUAUGAGAAUGUAUUUUUACCAAUGCUUCGAAGUUAUUCAAAAGGGCAAGUUCCAAACCCUGAUAUUGUUUGCAAUAAAAAAAUAAAAUAUAAUUUUUUUUUAAAAACCAUUAAAAAAAUGUCUAAAAUAAAAGGAAAAAAAUUUAAUUAUGCAUAUAUUUCAACUGGGCACUAUGCAAUGAUAUCUACAAACAACUCAGAAAAUUGCAACAAUCUUUUUAAUAAUAAUUUUCCAUAUAUUAAAGGAAAAAAUGAAAAAAAAAUAAAAAAUAAAAAUAUAAAUAAAAUAAAAGAUAAAAAUAAAAUAAGAGAGAGAUGUAAAUUAGUUGUUAGUAAUGAUUUGAAAAAAGACCAAACUUUUUUUUUAUCGUCUUUUUCUGAAAAACAAUUAUCAAAAUUUUUAUUUCCCUUAAGUUUAUACAAUAAAAAUUAUAUUAAAUUAUUCAUGAAAAAAAAUAAUAUUACCAAUUAUAAUCCCAACGAAACUAAAGGGUUGUGUUUGUAUGGAAAUGUAAAUAUGCACUCUUUAUUGAAGCUUUAUUUUAAAGGUGAAGAGCAAAGCGGGGAGCAAAGCGGGGAACAAAGCGGGGAACAAAGCGGAGAGCAAAACGGGGAACAAAGCGGCAAGCAGAGUGAAGAGCAAAGCGGCAAGCAGGGUGAAAUGCAGAGUGUAGAUUUAUACAGAUUUAAAAAAAAUGAUAUAAAAGGUUUUAAUUUAAAUUAUGUAAAUUAUAUUAUAGAUAUAGAUGAUGAAAUAGUUAUGGACAAAAAUUCGGAUAUUCAUUUAUAUACUAUAGGACAAAACAAACAUAUAACUACAUAUAUACAUGAUCUAUAUAUAAAAAAGUUUCAAAAAAAAAAAAAUGAAAAAAAUUUAUUUUCAUCAUGUCAAUGGACAGUAAUAUAUAAAAAAUUAUUGGAAAAAGAGAUAAAAUGUAAAAAUGGAGAAAAAAAAAUUAUAGAGAAUUUUAUUUAUGUUACAAAAAAUUAUUCUGAUAAAAAAUUUUCUAUUUUAAAAAAAAAAUGUAAAUUAAAAAAUAUAAAAUGGAUUGGAAAAUAUGAUGAUAAUGGUGGUAUUCCGAUUUAUUUAAAAAAAAUAAAAAAUAAAAAUGGAAAUAUAAAAAAUAGUGGUGUAAUAAUAUUUGUGAAAAUACGAAAUAAUGAAAAAAUAAAAAAAGCAAAAUUAAUAUUUAAUAAAAAUAAUAAAGAAGGUUAUUUAAAAUUAGAAAAUACAGACAUUGGUUUAUCACCAGGUCAAAUUAUUACUUUUUAUUUGCCAUUUAUUAUAAAAAAAAAUAAUAUAACUCAAUAUAUUUAUAACAUCGAUAAGUGUUUACAUUUCCCUAUAUAUUAUCAUUGUAUUGGGAAUGCAAAAAUAACAAAUCAAUAUCUUAACAUUGGAAUAUAUAAAAAGAUAAUGGAAAUUCAUAAAAAAAACAAUCUCACAACCUUUUAA